GUAUUUCACUGUGGAUGCGGGGAAGGGCGAGCUGGUGGUGAACGACAGAAUAGACAGAGAGGCUUUAUGUGGACAAAGCGCCAGCUGUGUGUUGACUCUGCAAGUUGUUAUUGAUCAACCUUUGCAGUUGUACCGAGUCGAGGUGGAAAUACAGGAUAUUAAUGAUAAUUCCCCCAAAUUUCCUUCGCAAGAUAUUAUAUUAGAAAUAGCAGAGUCGACGGCGGCAGGGGCACGUUUUCCAGUGGAGACCGCUAAAGAUCUUGAUCUCGGAGUGAAUUCAGUGAGGUCCUAUACCAUAAGUAAAGAUGACUAUUUUAGUUUAAAGAUAAAAGACGUAUCUGGUGGGAGGAAAGUCCCAGAGCUCGUCUUAUCUAAAUCUCUCGACAGGGAGAAAAAGGCGACACAUCAGCUUCAAUUAACAGCUAUAGACGGAGGAAACCCAGUGAAAUCUGGGACCUGUGUUAUAACCAUUAAUGUGCUUGAUAAUAAUGAUAAUUUUCCUGUAUUUGAGAAAAAUAUUUAUAAAGUUUCCAUAAGCGAAAAUAGUGUAGAAGGUGCAUCUAUCAUAAAACUAACAGCAAAAGAUAUUGAUGAAGGCCCUAAUGGAGAAGUAGAGUAUUCAUUUGGAACCCACACACCAGAUACUGUCCUGUCUAUGUUUAAUAUUGAUUCGUUAACUGGAGAAAUACGACUCGCAGGGCAAUUAGAUUUCGAAACAAACGAAAAUUACGAAAUUGACAUUUGUGCAAAAGACAAAGGAGCUCCAAGAAUGGAGGGACACUGUACUGUGCACAUCGAGGUGGGUGAUGUUAACGAUAAUGCUCCGAAUAUAUUCCUGACCUCCCAACCAAACUCUGUGCCUGAAGACGCACCGAGUGGAACUGUUGUAGCGUUAAUUAGUGCCCGAGACCUUGAUUCAGGGGACAACGGUAAAGUGUCUUUACAGCUCCCAAAGAAUUCUCCUUUCAAUCUGAAACCCUCUUUUUCAGACAAUUACGCACUGGUUACUGGUGCAGCUUUAGACCGAGAGAGCUUCUCAGAGUAUAAGAUCGACAUUAUAGCCACUGAUUUAGGCUCUCCUCCCCUGUCCAGUAGGAAAACAGUAAAUGUCACUAUUACAGAUGUGAAUGACAACCCUCCUGUAUUCUCUCAGCCCUCCUAUAAUGUGUAUUUAAAGGAGAAUGGGGUUCCAGGGUCUAUACUGUACUCAGUAUCAGCCUCUGACCUGGAUUUUGGUGAAAACGCUAAAAUCUCUUACUCUAUACUGGACUCUAAAGUGCAGGACGUUUCUGUCUCAUCGUAUGUUUACAUUAACUCAGAUAACGGCAGCAUCUACAGCAUGCACUCGUUUGACUAUGAGAAACUGAAGGUGUUUCAGAUUCAGGUUCAGGCAAAGGAUCAGGGCUCUCCGUCUCUCGGCAGCAACACCACCGUCCAUGUUUUUAUCCUGGACCAGAACGACAACGCCCCCGCUGUUAUUUACCCCUCCUCCGCUGCCCUGGGCUCCCUCUCUCAUCAGAGGAUGCCCCGCUCCGCUAAAGCGGGUCACCUGGUCACUAAGAUGACGGCCGUGGACGCGGACUCGGGCCAUAACGCCUGGAUCUCCUACAAAGUGGCGGAGGCCACAGACGCCUCUCUGUUCACUGUCAAUCUGUACACAGGGGAGGUGAGGACUAAACGCGCUGUGUCCGAGCAGGACGACUCCUCUCAGAGGCUGCUUAUAGAGAUCAAGGACGACGGGAACCGGUCCAGUCCUCCACCGUCACGGUGUCCAUCCUGCUGGAGGACGGUCUCCAUGAGCCCAUCUUAGACCUCCGACAGAAAGUGACCGAGCCCAGCAAGAAAACUGGGAGAAUCACCUUGUAUUUGAUUCUCUCUCUGGCCUCGGUGUCCGUGCUGUCUGUGGUGACUUUUCUCAUCUUAGCGGUUAAAUGCAUGAGGAGCAGCAGAAGCAGCGGUAGUUGCUGCAUGACACAGGGCGACUAUGAUGAUUACAAGAACCCC